AUGGCUGCGUGCGGCAUGGAGCACCCGUGCAGCAACAAGCGCCCUCGCCUUAUAGCCUCUGCUGCCAUCUCGGACGAAGCAUCUAGCUGGGCGUCUCUUCAGGCAGAUUUGGUUCGCCUGAUCGGUUCGAGGGUGCUAGCGGGCGACCUGAUGGACUACGUCCGCUUCCGGGCCGUUUGCCCCUAUUGGCGGUCUAGCUCAGUGUGCCCACGCGGCCGCGGGGUUGUCGACCCGCGCUUCCACCCGCGCCGGUGGAUGAUGCUGCCCGAGGGCAACGGCCUCCACCCUGGCCACGGCAAGUUACGUGGUUACAUCCGCUUCUUCAACCUCUCCACAGGCGUCAUCGUCCGCGUCCUGCUCCCGCUUUUCAGGAACCACUGCAUCCUCGACUCAGUCGAUGGCCUCCUCCUGCUGCAACGGGACGAAGACACUGUCAUCCGCCUCUUCCACCCCUUCACCGGUGACAUUGUAGACCUCCCGCCACUCGCCACCCUCAUGCGUCUUCCUGGAGCCAAUCUGAAUGUGACAAGGACUUGGACGUAUUUUAGAAAGAUCGGCGCUACCUCCGUCAGUGUUAGUGCAGGUGGAGUCAUCACUGUCAUGAUUGUACUUCAUAGCAUAUCGAUGCUAGCCUUUGCUACUUCCACAGACCAUCAAUGGAAUGUUCCACCCUGGAGGCUCUCACCAUUUUGGAGGCUAAUAUCAUCCCAAGGCAAGCUAUACAUGAUGGAUAAUCCUACACUUGACACUAGUCACCCCCGGUGA